UCAUGAUGUGCCUCGAAAUGGCCUCGAGGCAACGAGUCUCGGUUUGAUCCUAACCUGCAUCACAUUUGGUUUUUCCUAUAUGUACACCUAUUUCCCCCUCGCGACUUUUCCCAAGUUGCCAUGUCCCAACCUUGCGUGCUGCAGCCUGAGGCCGUGGCGGUGGUACCUCGCCCUGCCGCAUUGCACGAACGCGCAGGACAACCAUUAAGUACACCUGCACUCGUAGGAUAUCCAACAUCUGUCCGUGCUUCUCGUCCAUUACGUUCUUCUCCUCUCGCCGGCCCAGCAUUCUCUAGUAAUACAUCCAUCGUAACUUCUUUAGAGUCAAGUCAGUCUCAAUGCCCAAGUACUUUGAGCAUGGACCUCGGUCCAUACUCGCGCUCGCAACCGUCAUCUCUCUUCUCUCACACUGGUUCUAUUUCUGCGACCACCUCUUCCCAUGCCCACCGCGCCCCCGGACUCUUGGUUGGACCGUCAAAGAGCGCUGGUGCUAUUCCUACCCUUGGCCUAGACGCCCGCCUGUAUUCGCGCUCGCCACCCUCGUCUGACGUUUCUCAUACUGGUUCUUUUUCUGCCAGCUCAUCUUCCUUCUCCUCGCACGCGCACCGUACUUCCACAACGGGACUAACCAAGACCACUAGCGCUAUUCCCACACUUGGUCUUUUCAGACGGCAGGCCAAGGAUGAACCAGCGGCACCACUUCCUACCCAAGCACCAUUCGGGCAUAGUCGCUCAGCAUCUUUUCCAUGCCAAACAGAUCCCCUGCCAGCCCAUGUCCCACAAGCCUACUCACCGAGUGCCGCUCGCCCAACCUCCCAAAAGCCCUCAGUGUCCCGAAAUCCGAAUGAGAACUGGAUGUCAUCUUCUCCAUUUGGUACUGCAUCUACGCCCCGCUUUUCUAGGCAAUCGAUAUCGUCACAACCAGUCGUGAUGCCCCUGAGUGCUCGGGAAUACCGCAGACGAAAAUGCGCUAGCAUGAUGACAAACACGGUAUAUUCGGCCACAUCUGGCUCACCGGUCACCGAGGGCAUGGAGGAAGGUGUACCUCAUAUCAUAGUCUCCGACUCUGAGGCCUCCGGUCCUUCUCCUUCCAUUCACCCAUCCGGAAAUAGGUCUUCCAGGCGUGCCUCGCUGCCGUCGUCACAGGCCUCCCAUACAUCUCUCCCCCCGGGUUCUCGGGAACCCGCAUUGUCCGAGAAAAGUUCGAUCAGUACCUUCUUUUCAUUAUCAUCCGAGAACGAGGCAGAAAAUGCCGAUGUAACACCGCACCGGAGGAUGUCUUAUCCCACCCCAACCCAGCGUCAUUCACGCAUCAGUCUCGUGGAUGCUGUGAAUCGCCUGUCGCAAAUGAGCGGGGCAAGUGGAGAUACCGUGUUUUUCGAUAUGGAUGAAGGUCUCAGCCCUCGUCAGAGACAGAUUUCUGUGACGGAGGAUGACGGGGUGCUCAGAAGGGCGAGCUCGAGAAGGAGGAAAUUAAAGAAAUUCAAUGCACCUUCCCGCGAACCGGUGAUGGCGGACGCCGCAGCAGAACGUACUGCACCACAAGAACGCACUCGAGUGGUCAGGAUUCUGGAAGCCAACGAAGUUUCCUCUAUCCCCAUACUUGACAGCAGGUUUUCCGACUCAUCCCAUGAUCGUGAAGAACUUGUCUCCGGUGACAUAUCCACCGAACGGGCCGCUUCUGAAUCAAAAAUGGACUCAGAGGCGCCAGGCACUUUUGCCGAGGCACAAGUCAGACCUCGCAGGAAACUUACCAAAUCUCGAACACAAUCUGUUCAGGUACCACCUGCACGAUUGGCUGCCCCGUCAUUACCCUGGAUACCUCGUCCUUCUUCGCAGUUUUUCAGGGGUAGUGCAAAACAGAACACGCCAAAUAUUUCCGCAUCGGACGUAUCGCUCCAGGAAAAUGUCCCGCAGACCGAAGAGAUAGGAGAUAACGGAAAGGAGAACAAUCACCGGGGCCGUCGAUUGACAUUUCAGUUCAUUCCCUCCCCCUCCUUUCACAGGCGACCCAAGUCGGCUUCAGGCAUUACUCCAAGCCUUGACUUGAAGUCUCCCAUGAGGAGUGACACACGGCAAAAGGUGCCUAAACCUGAUUCCCGGUGCGGGACAGAUAGUGCAUUAAGUAGCCUCACAGGUAGCGCAACUACUAUUACCCUGUUACCUCCUCCCCCUAUCACAUCUUCUUCCAGUGUAUCCUCAAGUGCGGGAAACUCUACUUCAAGCUUGACUGAUGGCAGUAGCACGACAAUGGGGUCGCGGGACACUGGCGCUACUUCUAUCAAUGCUCCGAGCCUGCAAACCGCUUCUCGUGGCGCAGAGUAUUCCCACCCAAAAGUCCCGUCAAACCUGAAGCAGAGCAUAGUAGCGCAGUGGAGCAGUGACAGUGACAGCGACCAGCAAGACAACUCAAGACAUGCACCCAAAACUUCCGUCGACCCCCCUAAUGCCUCACAUGAUCAAGAACUACAAGAAUCCUCAUCUUCCUUUGGCACCGCCACUUCUUACGCGUCAUUCUCUUCAUAUGCCACAUCAGGCUCUCCACCUGCUGCUCUAGAUGCUAGAAAUGCCCCGGGCUCGCUUUACGACUACAGCCAAGCACCAGAUCCUAAUGUUCAUCCUAUGUGGACAGUUCCUAUGGUCACGGUCACCGCUACUCCCCCACCACGCGCUAAAGAAAUCUCUCCGAUGCUUCACGAACCUCACGUACAACCUUCUUCCCUAGCUGUUCCCGUCCCCGCCCGUGUCCCCGUCCCUACCACGAGAUCUACGGCCCGCUUGAAGCGCCCACGCCCACACCCACGCCCACAGACGGCACCUGCUUCACCCACCGCGCCGCAUUCUCCAACUCCUGCAACUUCGAAAUCACCGCGGGCUCCCAGAGCGUCUUCAGGGUUCAAAUCUAUACUCCGCAGUCUACUUCAAGUUGGUCGUUCAGGCUAAUACCAUUAGGGGUUAUCUUUGACUUCGGCAAGAAGGUUUGAUGCUGAACGCUGAUCCUCCAGUGUAUUGUUAUCUAAAAAUACGCCUGCGCCCGCUUCACGUGGACGCAAUUAGCGAGAUACCUACCACCCUAUUUCGUUUGGGAUUUAUGAUUACGUGUCUUGGGCAUGCGAGUGCAUGAUAAUGGUUAUUUACUUUCUUGGACUUGGGCGUAAUCGAUGCGAUUAUUUACAUACAGUACUAGAACGUUUUUUAUGAUGCCUACUCUCACGAAGAUAAAGCAGAUAUCUUGGACUACUAGUCAAAUAAUAUAUGCCGAGAAGCAAGACUCGAAUUCAA